AUGAGAGCAUUUCUCUACAUACUAGCAGUGAUUAUAACAUGCGAUAUUAGUGGCGCCCUUUUUUUGCCGGGCAUGGACUACCCGCAGCAGAAAAGCACAGCAUCAGCGGUGUCAUGGUUUCCUAGAAUAAGACGUUGGCCAGAAUCUACGCAUCGCAUUAUAGACCCUGUCGAAGAUUGUUUUCUAGUAACAUCAGAAGAAGGAGAACUAUUUUACAAAUCACCCUCAAACGAACCAACAGUAUGUGGAAUAUACAUGAUUGCUGAUCCCGACAAGAGAAUCGUCGUUACUUUCAACUAUCUGGAUGUACCGUGCGAGAAUGGAGGACUGGUUGCGUGGGUCGACGGAUGGGAACUUAACGGUCAAGUAUGGCCGUCUGAUGCUUGGGAUGAUGAGCGGCUUGUCGAAUCCUGUGAUCAGCGACCCAAACAUAAGCUGACGUCCAGACAGAACGCUGCACUUAUACAAUACAGAGUGCCAGCCCGGGGAAAAGGAUUCGGUGUCAAUAUAAGACACGUGAAGAAUUCUAAACCAUGCAAUUUGAUGGUAUUUGGCGCCGAGGGUGUCCAUACUCUGCGGAAUCAUGGCGAAACUGGAAAUUGUUCAAUUAUAACAAUAUCACCCUCAACCGUGCGGAUAUUGGAUCUCGACGUCGGACAGUCAAUGAAAAAAGGACUGUUGAGCCUUGAGACUGGGACCAUACAUCACUGCGCAAAACGGGGGAUGCGUGAUUACGUAGACAUCGGCGGCGCCAGUGGCCUAGAUCACACAGAAAUGGAAGUGCUCGAGAGUGUAUGUGGACUGGACUCUAAUGAAGGUCAACGACCCGCUUACAUCGCGUGCGAGGACACCGUAGUUCGCUUAGUGUCCAGUGGGCUAUACAAAAACUCCGUGACACUCGCCUUCGCCCCGUUGCCACUUGAGCAUAUCGAGCACGCCGACUUGAUAUGCGGGAUGAAAUAUGUAAAGUGA